CCGCCCGCGCCGAUCGGGUCACGUGGCCGCGCGGGCCGCGCGCGCCGGGCCCUGCGGACCGGCCUGGGCCCUCGCUCCCGGCGGGGUCCUGUCCGGAGCUCGCUCACCCGCCCCGCGUGCCCCUAACGGGGAGGGUCACCGUCCGUGGUUCGUUUCAAACUCACCCCCGCCGGGGAGGCGCACGUCGCGUCGAGGCCCAGAGAGGCUCGUUCGUUUUCGCAAGGUCACACAGCGGGUGCGAAGCCCCGCGAGAACGCCGCCCCGCUGCCGGCUCCGGUAGUCUGAGCGCCGGGUGGGGUGGAAGUAUCCAGAAAACAGCACCUGAACUCCUGGCUUGUUCUGAAGGAAGAGAGGCUGAAAGGGAGAUACGGUUGUUGCCGGUGUUAAAAGCUGCCACCCAGGGGUGUCCUCAGCCACUCCGGGGCAGGAGUGAUGAUGCCCCGUGUGGCGCCCAGGUGGCCUGCGUGGCUCUUGUGGCGGGUGGCCUGCGCUCAGGGAGUCUCCGCGCAGCAGAGGACACGGGAGGCGGCAUCCAGACUCCCUGGGCUGGGCGGCCCUCGGGGGGCCGUGGGCGCCAGGCCCCUGGUUCGAAGAGGCAGCUCCUGGGCCCCCUCCCGUGCUCCGGAAGUGAUGCUGACCCGGGAGCGCUACCCUGUGCGGCGGCUGCCCUUCUCCGUGGUGUCUGAGGACGACCUGGCCGCCCUGGAGCGCAUUGUCCCUGGCAGGGUCAUCACAGACCCGCAGGAGUUGGAGGCUCCCAACGUGGACUGGCUGAGGACGGUCCGAGGCUCCAGCAAGGUGCUGCUGAGGCCCCGGACGUGCCAGGAGGUGGCGCACAUCCUGAGGUACUGUCACGAGAGGAACCUGGCCGUGAGUCCGCAGGGGGGCAACACGGGCAUGGUGGGGGGCAGCACGCCCGUCUUUGAUGAGAUUAUCGUGUCCACCGCCCUCAUGAACCAGGUCAUCAGCUUCCACGACGUGUCUGGGGUCCUGGUGUGCCAGGCAGGCUGCGUCCUGGAGGAGCUGAGCCGCCACGUGGAGGCGCGGGGCUUUGUCAUGCCGCUGGACCUCGGGGCAAAGGGCAGCUGCCACAUUGGCGGGAACGUGGCCACCAACGCGGGUGGCCUGCGGUUUCUGCGAUACGGAUCGCUGCGCGGGACGGUCCUGGGCCUGGAAGUGGUGCUGGCCGACGGCACCGUCCUGAACGGCCUCACGACCCUGCGGAAGGACAACACGGGCUAUGACCUGAAGCAGCUCUUCAUCGGGUCGGAGGGCACUCUGGGGGUCAUCACCGCCGUGUCCAUCUUGUGUCCGCCCAAGCCCAGCGCUGUGAGCGUGGCCUUCCUCGGCUGUCCUGGCUUUGCCGAGGUUCUGCAGACCUUCCGCACCUGCAGGGCCAUGCUGGGCGAGAUCCUGUCCGCGUUCGAGUUCAUGGACGCCGCGUGCAUGGAGCUGGUCAGGCACCACCUCCGCCUCGCCUGCCCCGUGCAAGAAAGUCCGUUCUACGUCCUCAUCGAGACCUCGGGCUCCGCGGCCGGACACGACGCUGAGAAGCUGAGCGGCUUCCUGGAGCAGGUGCUGGGCUCGGGGCUGGUGACCGACGGGACCCUGGCCACCGACCAGAGGAGGAUCCAGGUGUGGAGGCUCGGCCCUUCCUUCCCGCGACACCUGAAGUCAGAGCGUGGCUUGGGACCGAGCACACUGUGGGCCCUGAGGGAGAGGAUCACCGAGGCCCUGAGCCGGGACGGCUACGUGUACAAGUACGACCUCUCGCUGCCCCUGGACCGGCUCUACGACCUCGUGAGCGACCUGCGCACCCGCCUCGGUCCGCGUGCCCGGCACGUGGUGGGCUACGGCCACCUGGGAGCCCUCCACGUGGAGCCGUGUCAGGGCGGCCCCGCCUUCUCGGGGGCGGAGCCUAGCAUCAGGACCCUCCUCCCAGACGGCGUCGUGGUGCUUUCUGCGCGUCAGCGUGGCUGGGCUGGCUGCCCAGGUGCUUGGCCAGACACCAGUCGAGGUGUUGGCCGUGAAGGCUUUUUUAAGAUGAAAUCAACGUUUAAAUCCGCGGACUUGCAGGAAAGCAGGUUCCCUCCAUAAUGUGGGUGGGCCUCAUCUCGUCCAGCGAAGGCCUGAAGAGCGGGACGGAGACCCGCUGCCCCCGAGGAGGAGGGCGUCUCCCCACGGCCUUUGGACGCGAGCUGCAGCGUCAGCUUGUCCCUGCAGACGUCGGACUCGCCGUGUCCCCACGGUCGUGUGGGCCGCUUCCUUAAAAUCAACCUGUCUUUGUCCCUCCAUCCUCCUAGCCCCCCGACCCCGCUCUGCACACCACGUGCACUGCCGGCGUCUUGCUGGCUCUGCCUCCCUGAGAGCCCUGAGCCGUACGCGGGGCGAGGACCUCAGGACCCUGUCACUUUGCUGCGACCACCCGCCCCAGUCACACACUGUUUCGGGCUGUGUUUAGUUCCAUCGGGGAUGUUUAGCCCCAGGUAGCAGUGCUGUUGUUAUUACUCUGUGAGGUCAGUGUUCUAGACUCACCCACACCUCUGGCCCUUCUUUGACCCGGUGUCCAGCGCUGCCUUUAGAACGGCCUCUGGCGUGCGGAAGUAGGUGGCGGCACAUCACGGAUUUUCUUCACCUGAACAUGUAUGAAUUUUGUUCUUCAGUGGUUUUCUCUCGAUGGAUUUCAAAACGGAUUUUUGGUUGACAGUUCUCUGCGGGGUGAAGACGUCACUCUGCCGUCCUGACUUCCGUCGCCCCGCCGUUAGCUGUGUGCGAGUGUCAUUUUUUCCCUUUUGUUCCUUUCCCCUUGUCCUUGGGUUCCUUGGCUUCACUCUGCUGUGUUUAGCCGAGCAUCAGUGUGUCCCUGCUGAGGUCUGGUGGGCUCGGCUUGUAGAAAUUGCUCCCCCGUGGCCUCUGCAGAUGUUGUCUCUUCCCGCCCCCUCCUUUCCGGAGCUUCGGCCUCUGUCUCCCCUCCGGUUGUCCGUGGUCUCGUCCUCCGUGUGCUCCGUUUGUUUUCCAUGUCAUUAAUCUCUCUUUGCUCGUUGACAUUUCAGUGACUGUGUUUUUCAUUUCUCGAAGAUCGACCUGGGUAUUUAAAAGCUUUCCCUGGUCAUUGUUUUGUAUUUUUUCUCUCUUAUUUCUUUAAACAUGUGAAACAUUUAUCUUCUGUUUCUGGAAGUCACCAGAUCGCAGGUCUUUGUGGGUCUUGGUCAUCAUGGUUUCUUUUCUGUGCGUUUAAUUUUGGGCUCAUGUAUCUUAGGCUUUUGUGUGUGGGGAUUAUUUGAGGCUGAG